AUGGUGAAUAUAACCCACAUGUGUCUGAACCCCAAGUUCACUCUGCAGAUGCAGAUGAUGCUUUCCUUUGGUCUCACUGCUGUAGUGGCCUUGGGAUCCUUUAUCAUGAUUGGACUCUACACAGCCUCGAAUUCCGGAAAGUCUGUCCAGUACCAGGCAAGAGGCGUCGUUACGCAAUUAGUCAAGCACUCACUCAGUAGCACAGCGCAGUAUGUCGCAGAGACCAUGACCAAAAAGUUCAAUACUGUGGGUGGGAGUGGAAGUCUCUUAGCAGAGGUCGCGCGAGGAUCGCUUGGUGGGAUACCCCAACUUCUCCAACUAUGGCCGGGCGUGGAGGAUUUUUAUAUUCGUCAAACGGACGGCGACUUUUGUUCCUAUCCCGACCCAAGCGGUAUACUUUUUACUUACCUCAGCGGACCAGCCUAUGCCGUGACAAGACGCAAUGUCUAUCCUCUAGACGCCACACCACUACCGCUCGACUGGCAGAUUACGGGCAAUGUCAAUGAAUUCAAUGCAUACGAACACUUGCCGGACAGACCCUUGGAAUGGUACUCACCAAACGUCACCCGGGUCGACACCACAAACGCGGCAUACCGAGCACAAGGCAUCUGCAACCCCAAUGAAACCAAUCCCGCCGCACCUACCUAUUUCACGGCAUGUUCAGACGCAAACAAUAACAUGAUGACGGGAGGUGUGCUCAAGCCAACUGCAGUCAACUGGCACCUAUACCAAAAGUCAAAGGACAUUGCCUGGAUUCUAAAGCCUUUGUUCGAACAACACAGAGACGUAAAGUCCAUUGGCGUAUACUUUGCAAACGAUGGAGCUGGCAGCAUUCUGCAAUACCCCGCCACUGUCACAAAUGGAAAUAGAACCUAUGAAUCCAUUGGCUGCGAAUGGAUGUACACGGCCCACCCGAGAUCAAAAGUCUUCAUUGGGGGCAGAAGAGAAAUAGAAAACUGCCAUCCUAGAGGAGAGAUCGUUCCCAUGAGAGAGUACAAUCCACUGGAACGAGGAUGGUGUCGGGAUCAGGUCGAACGAGAUAUGGAUCUAGCGGCGGGACUGUCGUCUGCUUCGGCACACAACCUUAAAGCAAGUGGUCCUUACCUUGAUGCGGGCAGCUCCAUCAAUCUGUGGGUUCUCACAUUUGGUGAAGCUGUAUUUGAUCGACUCAGUCAUCAGUUCAUUGGAUGUACACUGGUCGACUUGUCCGUAUCGGAGCUCUACGACGUGCUUGUAGGCAGCAGUGAUGUGGGCGCCUCAGCGGAGGCGGCUCUGGUCCGCUGGGAUGACCUGGGCACCGUUGUCGUAGCUUCCCAGUGGGAUCCCGAAAUAGAAACGGAAAAUGUACUCAUCACGGAGGAUAGACUCAAUCUGGGGGUAACUCAAGAAGUCUACAACCAGAUGCGACUCAUGGUCGACUACAACAAUCCAUGGGACCCAGCCACAGUACAUGCAAUAUACCACGAGGAAAUAUUCGAAAGCAACGGAAAACUCAUCAUGAUGCACCCUGUCCCCAAUGUACCCUUGGAAUACGAUCCCGUUUAUGUACCAGAAUACAUGGUCGUCAUAUCCAUUGAUCAAGACGAAGCUUUUGGAUUGCUAGAUGAGAUGGACGGCAUCAUCGACGAAGAUGUUCAAGCUACGUGGGAGCGCAUCGGAAUGGUGGGAGGUAUUGGAUUUGGUGUUGUUCUCCUCUGCAUUGUAUACAUUAGUCAUACAUUGACGAAACCCUUGCGUUGGAUGCAAAAGGUCGCUGCUGCAAUUGUGGAAGGAACAGAUACCAAGAGCGGGCUCGCUGCUAUGGACAGUCGUGAAGCUAGAGCCUUUUGUGCACCGAGGACAGAGGUUACCAAGCUGCUUUUGCAGUUUGAAAAGAUGAUUAAGGAAUUCAGUGGAGAUGGCGCGGCCGAGGUUGCAGGCCUCUCCAUCAACGAAGUCAGGAAUACGUUCGAGUGGCGUCGGAUGUACGAGGACGUUUACCCGUGGGAAACAGGAAUACUCAAUGAGAAAGUCCCCGGGACAAACAUUCCAAGACAACUUUCCAUCACAAAAUCGUCAACUCCAGAGGUCUUCGAGGACGAGCUGACUGCGGAUUCCACAACCGGCACGAGCGCCUCUAUUCUUUCCAUCAUUCCAGCUUCGCUUGCGGGGUCGAUACAAACCUUUCUGUACAGUGAACCCGUUCAGAUUGCAUUGACUAGAUCCAGUUCACUGGUGGGAUCUGUCAAAGGAGUAGCAGUGAAAGCGGGGGUCAAAGCUGGACUGCUGAAAGACAAGGAGCCGGAACGGCUUGAUGGCCCGCCAUUUGUAAAUCGUGGAGAAAACAUCAUCCACCCCGAUCGCGAUAUGAACGAUUUCCUUGACGGGUUCUCCGCGGGAGACCACUCGUUCCUGUUUUGGUGGACUACUCUUCUGGUUGGUACCCCUAUUCUCGUUACGGCAAUCUUGAUAUCUGUUUCGGUUGCAAGCGACACAACACAGCUUAUCCCGGAGUGGCUGGGGGAGGUCAAAGAUAGAAGUAUUCUGAUCGAAAGAAACUCCAUCAUCACAGCCUUGAAUGCGCGAAGCUUCUUUGGUGAACAGGUUCUCACUCGGUUUAUACGAGAUCUCCAUGUUUACUCUCGUGUGGCUGGCUGGUUGCUAUUUGGUGCUAUCAAUAGGGCCAAUUCGUUCACAAAGACACUCACCGGGGCGGACGAAUGCAAACUGUAUGAAAAGAACGGGGAUCCGUUGUGCCCGUGGCUCUUGAAUCCCGAAAACACGGCUUGCGAUUGUGAUUGGAAUGAUCCGGGAGGAAAGACCUGUACAAUUUUCAAUACGACCAGCUCCAGACAUCUGCAAUAUCGUUACUAUGAAGGGCAGUCCGAUGACACCGAUGCACUUGGAACGAGAAUGGUUACAUCUUUUCCUCGCGUUGCCAUGCACCCAAGUUCCACGAACUGGUGGAAUGAAACGGAAAAGAUGCCGGGUGCAGAAAAGCAAGAGAACGCAUUUGGUCACGAGACUACCUAUGAUCGAGUACGGGUUACAUCCGCAAUGGCUGUUGUGGACAUCCCACUCUACAAUUACAACCCGGGCAUAGGAGAAACGAAGAAUUUGGGGACGUACAUUGGGUUUGAGCAUGAUGGGAUGAUGACAGCUUACACGGGUUGUCACCCCUCGCAUAUCAACUAUGGUCACUGGAUGGCAAAAAAGGGCACUCCGCGCGAAGAGCUAUGUCCAGAGAAUAAGUAUGGAUACGAUGCUCGUUGUCGGGGUUGGUUCGACACAGGAAAAGAGAAAGGAGGUGUCUACGUCACGCCCCCGUACCCCUUUGCAUCGUCGGAUAUAUUUGCUGGGAGUGCGACCUUUAAAUUGGUGGAUCCAAUUACAGACGAAUUUGUUGGACAGGCGCUCAUGGAUUUCCUCCCGGAUUCGUUUAUGAAAGCCCUGACACCUGAGCACACUCCGAUCGGACACGGUGUAACAGGUUUCCCAAUCAUCAUUACCCCAGAGCCUGAUGGCAAUGGUCAUGACACGCUGGUCGGACCCGGGUAUACUCUCGGAGAAGGAGCGCCAAUCCGUGCCAUCGUGCUGCCUUUCGAUGACGACAAUUCCACAAAUCGGCAAGUCUUUGAAAACGAUGUUGCGAGGAAGAUGAGAAGGGGUGACAAAGGUUAUGCAGUCUUCACGCGCUCGACAGCUAAUGGCGAUGAAGAAGAGGUAUUCCUGGCGUACGGUCCCGUUCGCACCAGGACGCUCUCCCCCAUAAAUGCAUCCCUCUUUUCUGCGGGUUGUACUUCCAGCGUCACAAAGGUUUAUUCCAUUGGAUUUGGCAUAACUAUGAAUGACCUGGUGCUCCCGUUCACAAGAGUUGAAGACAAGGUCAACUCAGACAUCAACCAGGUCACGUACAUCUCGCUAGCCUUGAUUCUUGCGGCUGUACUGAGUGUUCUUUACAUGACAUACACAAUGUGCAUGUACAUUUCGCAGCCUGUCCUUACGCUGAUUGCCAUCGUGAAGAGCAUUCAAAGCAAGACUUUGGCAGAUGAGCUGCCGGAGUUGAGUGGGGGCUCGUGUGAGAUCUAUGACGUCUACGAAUCACUAGGGCAGCUCUGUAAGAUUGUUCGAUUCACCAACGCUGCGUUUUUCAAGGGCGACAGAACUAGAUCCUACAAAGUCUUGGAGGACGCUUUGGAUCUGUUUGUGAAGAUGGGGAACCAGAAAGCUCUUGGCGUUGCCAACAACAACCUUGGCACAAUGGUUCUGCAGGAGCAGAUGGAAAGAUCGUCCACAACGGCUCAAAGCGAUGACGUAUAUUACAACGGAAUGAAAUACUUCAACGAAGCUAUUCGGAUUGGUACAUUCGAGUACCAGAAUGCUGACUUUGACGAUGCACGAGGGGACUUCGUCAAGCAGCUCGCAAAUCGUUACUUCAACCGAGGGAUGUUUUACAUUGUAAAUCGGGACCACCCAAGGGCUCCGCCAGAUUUAGAGCAAACUGGGAUCAAGGACCUCGAGCGCGCCAAGACACUGGACUUGGAAGCUCACAUGUACUGGCUCGAACGAGGGCAGUCGGUGGAGUACGCGUUGGUGGAGUUUGGUUGCAUUUUGAGGCGCGCCCGUGGCAUGCUUACGCUUAUCCAGGACAGUGACUUUCGUGACGUUUGGGGCAUUGACAGGCUGAUUGACCAGGCUUCAGGUAUGAUGUACGACCCCCAGUAUGUCCACUCCAAGCUGUUUGAAACUGUUGGUCUCGUGGCUCGCAAACAACAGAUCAACGAUUUGAAGAUCCAGCUGGCUCUCAUCAAAGACGAUAAGCUUGCAGCUGCCAAGAUUGCAAUCAAAAUGCUGGUGGAAGAUGAGUACAUCAUUGACACAGUCAGCAUGAAUUGUGUGACUACACUGAACAAGUACUACAAUCUUCACGGGGAUCCCAUGCAAAUUCCGAAUCUUGCUCAGGGAGUGAAGCGUGACACUCGACGAGGCGCCGUGGAUUCUAUGCGUGAAGCGAAGAAUGUGAUAUUUUGUCUGGAUUACAGUGGCAGUAUGGCUGGUGCCCGGAUGAAGAGGGCUAACCAGAACUUGCUUUGGGUGUACGAGGAGCAUUGCUUGGACAAGGACCAUGUUGGCUUUGUGCGUUUCAACCAUGCGGUUGACGAGAAGCUGUAUUUUGAUUUGUCUCGGAAAGGUAGCCACCAAGAAGAGCACGAAUCGAUUCUUACGAAAGCAACGGAUGCCGAGGGUGGUACUCGUUUGUAUGCCGCGUUGAACAAGUGUGCCACAAUGUGUCUGAACAGUGGGAACCAGUAUGAUUCUUGGAUAAUAGCGUUGACGGAUGGUGAAUCGGCUUGGGAUUUUCCAGCGAAGCAAGUGAUUGCUCGCAUUGACAAGCACAACAAGAAGGGCGGUCCUCAGAUCAAUGUGAUUAUCAUAGGAUUUGAGGUUCCGUCUCAAGUAGGGGAAUCCGUGGCAACCAUAACAAGUAUUACGGAGAAGUCGUUGUACAUUGAUGCCCGAGGAGGCCUGGACGAGAUGGACAAUGCGUUCGAGACAGUGGUGGCCGUGAUUACCGGAACGGCCGUUACGAUGGAAACAUUUUAG